CUGUGGAGUUUGAGCAGGAGCCGGCGGCAUGCGGUCACCCUGACCGGGCACGGGAAGGAUGGAUAACAGUCUGGUGGAAGCCGUGGCCUCCUCUUUGGUGCGGGAGUUCCUGAACAGGAAGGGGUUAAGAAAGAGCGUCGCGGUGCUGGAGGAAGAGCUGCCCCGGACUCCGCAGAGCAUCAGUAACCGGAACGCGCUGCGGGCUGCGCUACACUUGGACUCUCUGUACCAAGAGAACAAGCUGACAGAAAAACCCUUAAAGACGCUGCUGGAGAUUCUAACGAAACAUUUCCUGGAAGAUUCCGGAAGAACCAAACCACAGCGAAGGGCCACGGAGCAAAACGCGGAGCCGCCGCAGAUGUUUAUCAGGAGCCAUCGGCCCAAAGACCCCGCUAGCACGGCGCUAGACGUCUACGAUGUGUCCGACGACGACUUCGGGGGGAGCUCAGCCGUGUCCGACUCCAGCAAGACCGAGAAUCGCAGGGGUGAGAAGAGCGUAACCGUUUAUAAACCUGAUCAGUCCAAGGCGUCGCGUCCAAAGAGUACGAAAUCCGAGACGGACCCAAAAAGCCGCUACUCGCCUUCUGAAGGAGAAAUAAAUCAUGUUGAGGAAACCAAGCCGGAGGUUCCCAGGAGCCCGGGGUCCAUUCUGGAUGUGAAGAAUUCCACGCCGGAGACACAGAGGCCAAAAUCAAGCAGGGUGGUCCGAGGGAUGAUGUCUGGACCCGUCGCCAGCUCACAAGAGGACGUGUUGAAGAAAAGAGGGCAAAGAAGAUCUGUGCCGAUGACCGCCUCAAUUGGUUCCAAAACCGACGUCCAAAUUAACGAGCUUCUCGGAAGGAGAACAGAACCCAGUCUUGCUUCCGCAAACUCGGCUCUGCAGCUCGGGAAAGAGUUCUCUGCGAAGCUGCUCUCGACAGCAACGGCCGCCGACAGCCUGAAGAACGCGUCUAUCGGUAAGCCGGAAAGACAGAGAAACGGGACGACCUUAACAGAGCGCCAAGCGUGCGCGAACGAAAGGGAGAGCUUCAAAUUCCCGUCUGGAGGCGAGAAACGUUCUCGACCAAAGAAGAAUGAAAAUAACCCGACAUCAGACAGGCGGACGCCGAUAUCCGUUUCACACGAAGAUGAUAACCGCGGAGAAGAUCUGAAGCUAGAUGAUGUCGAAGAUGAUUUGGUUACUGCGGAAAUUGCCAAGAUUUCAGUAUUCCCAAGGAGUAAAAUCCAAGUGGAGGGGAAAGCGAUUAGCUGGACCCUGGCAGCGGAGUUGAAAAACCUCCUGUUUGGUUCCGGCCUCCGAUGUUUCAGCGAAGAAUGGAAAAUCCAAAGCUUUACGUUCAGCAACAAAAAUCAGCUGAAGUACGGCUUCGUGCAAAAAAAGGGUGGCCCUUGUGGAGUCUUGGCUGCCGUGCAGGGUUGUUUUUUGAAAAACCUCCUCUUCGGGAAGGAAGGUGACUCAAGAACUCUGCAGCCGUCAGACACGCAGCGGACCUUCUGCCUGUGCAAAGCAGUAGCCGACAUCUUAUGGCGAGCGGGAGACCGAAGAGACGCGCACGUGGCAUUGUCGUCUGGGAGGCAACAGUUUAGUCCGGCUGGAAGAUACAAGGCAGACGGAGUAUUGGAAAGUAUCAUUGUAUACAGGAUACAAAAAUAUGAAGAUCUCUUGGACUUCCUGCAACAAAAUGUUAGCCAGUUUGAGUUUGGGCCGUUCGGCUGUAUCCUGCUUACCGUCUCUGUCGUCCUUUCAAGAUCUAUCGAGCUGGUUCAGAAGGAUUUUGAUGUUCCCACAAAUUGCUUAAUUGGUGCUCAUUCAUAUUGUACACAAGAGCUUGUAAACCUUAUCCUCGGAGGCCGAGCCGUGUCCAAUGUGUUCAACGACGUGAUGGAACUCGACUCCGGUAACGGGAACGUCACUCUUCUCAAAGGAGUCGCCGGUCGAAGUGACAUCGGCUUCCUGUCCCUCUUCGAGCAUUACGGCGCGUGCGAGGUUGGCUCCUACCUGAAGACGCCGAGGUACCCCAUCUGGGUGGUUUGCAGUGAAAGUCACUUCAGCGUCCUGUUUUGCUUGCGGAAAGAGUUAAUGAACGAUUGGAGAAUUGAAAGACGGUUUGACCUUUACUAUUAUGACGGACUCGCAAACCAACAAGAAGAAAUACGGCUGACAGUCGACACGGCCGACGCUUACAGCGAGGACCCUGAGAAUGAUCUCAUCCCACCGCUUGAAUGCUGCAUUAGGACAAAAUGGAAAGGCGCCGGCAUCGACUGGAACGGCACAGAACCCAUCCUUUAAGUCACCCAAAGGACCCCCCCCCAUCAGGAAGCAUUUGAGGACGUUACCUUCAGGAGCCCGGCCGCGAAUAACAGGAGCCCACAUGACGUCCCGGACUCUUACUGACUCGCUUUGUCUGCUUAUCAUGUAAAUGAACCCCUUGUGUCCCGAUGAAGCCUUAAAAGAACGUUUUGUACCAAAUGUA